AUGAAAAGCUUAAAGAAAUUAUUUGGACAAUAUAAAACUGAAAUGUCUGAUGAUUAUGCAAUGCUUUGCAUUCAAACUCGUCUUCGUAUGGAAAUUGACAAUCAGAUUCAACAUUAUCAGCAAAAAUUUAAAAAAUUUCAACCGCAAAUGCAUAAAAAGAAGUCAAAACUAUUGUAUGCAGUAUUCAGUAUGGAAUCUGUAAAAUAUGAUGCUGAAAAGAUAAUGCAAACAUUUGUAUGGACUGCACUUCUCUUAACAACACAUUCUAUUUUCUCAGCCCUUUCUGCAUUUUUCUUUUCAAUCCUAAUUAGACAAAUUAUUAGUGAUUUUAUGGCUACUAUUUCUGCCUAUGUUCUUUUACCAUUGAUAACAUAUCAUUAUAUAAACAGAUUAUCAGCUAAAAAAUAUGCGUGGAAUGAUAUAAUAUUGCGACACGAGUUACUUACACUUGCUAUGAUUGAAGGUUUAUUAACAGGUUAUGCACUCUCGAAUCGUACACUUCAUAGUUUGCCACCAUUUACCGCAUUGACACCAUGUUUUUAUUGGUAUUAUUGCCCCACUGAUUCAAUCAACAUUAAGAAAUUUUUCUGGCCAUAUACUAAUUGGAAUGCUGUUUGGUUUAACUUUCCCUUACAUACUUUUGAUAAUGAUGAAAAUAUGGUAUUCACGCAUUUCUAUCAACUUUCUAUUCUUUAUUUCUCAUUGUUGGCAGAAUCUUUUGUUGUGCAACCAACAUGGUUCCAGAAUUUCUCGUCAGUUUAUCCUGUCUUUCCAUUUCUAUCACAGACUUCGUUAUCGUUUGCUGAACGAACAUUAUCAAAAAAUACAUCAGCACCACUGCCAUCAUCAUCAUCAUCAUCAUCACCAUCAACAUUAACACUACCUUCACUUCUCCCAACUGAUCUUUUUAUGUCAACAAUACCAUUUCCUGUUACACUAAUACGUGGUGAUAAACUUCAAAUGGUUAACCUUCAAUUACAAUUAACUUCAAAUGAAAGCGUAAUAAAAGAUAUCUUAUCAAGCAAAGAAUAUUGUGAUAAUGUCUUACUAAUAUGCUUCGCAUGUGCUGGACGAUAUUUUCACGUGAUAUUUUGCUCAGCACCGAAUGGUUUCAAUAGGGGUGAUCAAUUAACUAUACCAUCAAAAUGGCAAUCAUUGUGUAAAACAGCAAAUAAGGAGGAAGCUAAUAUUUGGAAUGGAAUUGUUCUUCGCCCUAUUGAAUUUGGUCAAGAAAUAAUUAUUUGUAAUGAGCCUGAAACAUUGACCCUUGAGCCAAGCAAAAUGCUUCAGAAUGAUAAAGAAGGCCAACAACUGGAAAUGAUACAACAAGGAUUAACUCAUGCAGAGCACAUUGGUGGUUAUAAAUGUGAUCGUUGUGGUAAAAUGUUUACUUAUGAAUAUUAUCGUGAAAAACAUCUCAAGUAUACACGAUGUGUUGAUCACGGUGAUCGUAAAUUUCGUUGUUCCAUUUGUCCACGAUCAUUCGAGAAACGUGAUCGAUUAAGAAUUCAUGUAUUGCAUGUGCAUGAAAAUCAUCGACCUCACGUAUGCUCCACGUGUGGUAAAUCAUUUUCUCAAUCAUCAAGUCUCAACAAACAUUUCCGAGUGCAUUCCGGUGAACGGCCAUACAAAUGCAUUUUUUGUAGUAAAAGUUUCACGGCAAGCAGUAUUCUUCGUACGCAUGUACGUCAACAUAGCGGCGAAAAACCUUUUCAGUGUGCUAAUUGUGGUAAAUCAUUUGCAUCACACGCAGCGCAUGAUAGUCACGUACGCAGAACUCAUCAAGAACAAACGCAACUGCAGCUGCAGUUGCAACUACAACAACAGCAUCUACAACAAAAACAACAGCAAUGUAGUAUUUAUCGCUGUCAAAUGUGUCAAAAAACAUUCGAACAUCAAUUACAUCUUAAUUUUCAUCAACACUGUGUUCACUCAUUAACUGUUUCUUAA